UGUCAAAUUUUUUCAGCUGUCGACUUACGCUCCAUUGCAAUAAAUCUCUAAUGCAAAACAACCAUUUCUACCGAUAGCCAGAGAAGGGGCGCGCGGUAUUUAAGCAUGGAGAAAUGCUCUCACCGCAUCCACUCACCCGUGUCCUCCCGACAACACACCAUGGCAGCCAAGCUGAUCGUUGUAGCGACCGCCCUCGCUCUGUGCCACGCUACCCCGGCCCUAUACAACGGUUUUCUAUACCGUGAUGGGCGGAACUUUGCGAUCGGCAAGGCAUACAGCAACAACCUUGGCAGCCAGGCCUCCGGAGAAGCCUCGGUGAGCGACGGCUCCGCACAGGCCUACGGUAGUGCUUUCGGCGACCAGCUCGCGCGCGCCGACCUCGCCUAUCCCGCCCAGGCCAACGCCCAGGCCGAGCUCUACAACGCCCCAGCUGUCCCCAUCUACGGAUCUGCUAAGGCUGAAGCUCAGAACGGUGGCGCCAUUUUCUACGCUCCCGCUCCCGCCACCAUCGUCUCUUAUGAGCAAAACUUUGUUCCCGCUGAGAUCACCUACGCAGCCCCAGCCGCUCAGUCCGCACAGUCUACUGCUUCGAUAAACGGUGGCAGCGACUCUUCCAUCGCUUCGGCUUCAUCCAAUGGCGCUGGAUCCACCACUUCGUCCGCCCGCACGCAAGGAAUCGGCAGCUACAGGACUUCUAGCAACGCCAACACCUACGGCUCCGGCUUUGGAUCUGCCUCCUCGAACGCCAACUCAGGUGUAGGCUCGGCCAUCACUGCCGCCCGGACUCAAGGCUUGAGCAACGGAUACAGCUCUGCCGCUUCCCAGACUGAUGGCGGUGUGGCGAACCGCGCCACCGCUGACGCUCAAUCUAACGGAGGAUAUGGAUCUGCCUCUUCUCUCGCCAACAACGCUCAAGGCUCCGCUAUUAGCUCUGCUAAGACUCAAGGCUACACCGGCUCAGCUGCCUCCGACGCAGCCGUGAACACCGGAUACGAAAGCGCGAUCUCUGCCGCUAAAGUCGCACCUGCGCCCCAGAAGAGGAUCCACUGGCGCUUCGGGACCCUCUAUGGCACUCCUUCUCACAUCAACACUCGCGCUCAGGCUGACGCUAACGGCUUCAACGCUGCCAAAUCCACCGCCGACGUGCACCAGGCCGGCUCCGCGCACUCCGCUGCCAAAACUUUCGGCUCGGACGGCUCCGCCAACGCCAACGCCAACGUGAACGGAGGCUACGGCUCCGCCAACUCCGCGGCCAACACCCACGGCUCCGGUUUCGCCAAGAGCGCCGCCAACACUCAAGGAUCUGGCUAUGGCUCCGCUCAGUCUCAGGCCAACACUCACGGCGCCGGCUCCGGCGCGGCCAAGUCGUCUGCCAACACCGGUUACGGCUCUGCCAACGCUAACGCCGACGUCAACAGCGGAGCUGGUUUCGCGAAGUCCGCAGCCAACAACGGCCUGGGUUAUGGGUCAGCAGUUUCUUCAGCCAACACCAAUGGUUACGGCUCGGCGUACGCUAACGCUAGAGUCAACUAAGUCAACCAAUCAGCAAGUACAGCAAGAUGACUCCUAACUUAUCUUGAUGUAUUGCGGAACUAGUGAAAUUUAAUUUAUUCUAGUUUUAAGUUAUUUAUUUGAUAGCUCUAAGGAUGAUUGCGGUGGUGAAAUAAAAGACUUUCGUUUA